UAAAAUUUGGAAUAUAUUUGUGAGAGAAUUUAAGUUUUUUCAAGGAGUGAAGAUUUUCUAUAUUUUUUAUAUUUAUUUACCUUUCACGUGAUUAUGAACAGUAUCUCCGAAGAAUGCAACGACUUAAAGAAGAGUUAUGAUGCAUGCUUUAAUUCUUGGUAUACUGAGAAAUUCCUUCAGGGUGAGACAAGCUCCGAGCCGUGUAGGGAACUGUUCGAGUCUUAUCGCGCUUGUGUCUUGGUAAGUCAUCACCAAGGAUGUCACACCUUUGGUGGGAGGGUGGUAGGGCGGGGAGGUACCACCUCACUUUAUAUCUACAUUCUACUGACGUAUAAAGACUAUAAAGCAACCGACCAACUAAUGGAAAUCAAUUGGACGAUUGAUGAUUCCCAAACCAAUAUUGAUCAAUCAAAAUCAAUCAAUCUUGACAACCCAUUGAGUGGCAGUAUUCUCCUGUUGACAAGUGAAAUCAUCUGAUGUUAGACAGAGUAAAAUAACAAAGUAGGGUGCAUCAGGGGGCAUUGCCGCCACUUAAAGGGUUAAUAUGAAACAUGCUUGUGAAUGCAAUAUAUAUUUUCGAUAAUUAUGUUCUUGGCCUGGGAGUGUCACUCUGAUGAAUCAAGACGAAAGGCAAUUGGCUCAUGAUUCAUGGGAAUGAAGCCCCCAAUGAUUUACUCAUUGAACGCAAUCAUGCAAUCCCCCUAUCAGGCUUUCACAAGUAAAAUUGUCUGGCAUUAGACAGAGUAAAAUAAUAACGUAGGGUUACAUCGAGGUGCAAUGCCAUUGUUUAUUUGUUGACAUGCUUAUUUAUUUACAAUCGUCGUAUUUUCUAUCCACGUUUACUUUUCAGAAAGCGUUAAAGGAUAAAAAUAUCAGCGUAGAAGAAGUCGAGAAAGAUGUCUUAGGAACGCACAACGAGAAGAAAGCUCCGGACGCUCAUGCCACAGAAAGCUGACAAGAAUGAUCAUAAAUUAUUCCAGUCAAGAGCUAGCUAUAGAUUCUAAGAAGAGGCAAUUCUUUCUUAGUUAUUGGUCCUAAAAUUAACACCACAUAAUUAAACUUUUAAAAUGGAAAGACUCUCCCCUUGACAAGUAAAAUCAUCUGGCAUUAGACACAGUAAAAUAAUAAAGUAGGGCGCAUCGGGGUGCAUUGGCACUUGAGUGUCCAGUGGUAUGCAGUAUUUUAUAAUAAACUUCAAAAAAUAUCUCAAACAUGGAGGUCAAAUGUAGGUAACUAUUUGAAAAUGUAAAAACACUUCAAUGUUCUGUAUUGUAAGUUAGCAGUUGUCAGAUGGUAAAAAUCUUCAAGGCAGUUCAGACAGCAACUAUAUUAGUUUUAUUAUUAGUCUAAAUAUUUUUGUAAUUAAUUAAGAGAAACUUUUAAUAUGUGGUGCAGUGAACAAUAGCUCCAGAAUAGGAACUGGAAAAUAAUUUAUUAUCAUUUAAUUAAUAAAUUAAAAGAAUAUGAUUAAAUUAGAUAUACCAGUACAUUAAAAAUAAUUAAAGAAUAUGGAACAAGCGCGUGUCAUAUGUAUAGGUCAUAUAGAAAUAUCUUUUAUUUCGCUCCAUUACCAUCAUUUGCCGGGUAAAUAUAAAACAUGAAUAUCAUUUCAAAUAUUAGUUUUUUAACACAAGACUGAAGUGUGUUACAAGUCUCUCGCAUCUCUUGUUGCUUCCGGUACUUUUAAUGUGAUGCCCUCAAAUUUUUCUGUAACUUCAAUUUGACAUCCCAAUCUCGAUCUGAGAAAGAUAAUGGAAGUAAGGAUCAUCUAGUAUUGAUCCAGUGUUACUACAGG